ACGGCGCGCGCUAUCCGCCGGCAUGCGCAGGCUCGACCUCAGAGGCUGACCAGAGAACAGGACCGGCGGCGACGCGCAGCUGUGGUAAGCCUGGCUGGCAGAGCUGAUGACGGUGCGCCUUGCAGUGGAAGAGAAGCGACGCGAUGACCACAACCGCGUCCAUCGUGAACGCUACCCUGCUCGCCGCCGUCAUUCUGCUGCCUGCGCUCAGCCAGACAGCUCGCCAGGGGAGGCCCGUCGAUGAGUACUACGACGAGGAGACUUACUACGAUGAAAAGGCCGCCGACGGUGCCGCAGAUUUCGGCGCGGACCUCACAUAUGCGCAGUACGAACAGGAAACGUCUGUUGCAAGCCCACGACUGAAUCAUGCAGUGACUGCUAAGAUGAGUCUUAAGAGCACCAGCUCAUCCACGCCUCAGACAAUACUACCGGCCAAGGCAGCGGUAAAGGUGCCCGCCAAGAUUCCGGCCAAGGUCCCGGCCAAGAUUCCGGCCAAGGUCCCGGCCAAGGUCCCGUCAAAGAUUUUGCUGAAUGCCCCAACCAAUUUGUCGCCCGCCAAAGUACCCGCCAAAGUGCCGCCCGCCAAUGUACCCGCCAAAGUACCCGCCAAAGUCCCGCCCAAGGUUCCGGUCAAAGUUCCGGCCAAAGUCCCGGUUGAUGUCCUGGUCAAUGCCCUGGCCACCAUGCCGUCUACGUCCUCUCCCAGCAGCAGCAUAAGCAGGCCCAGCACACGGAGCGUUCACGCCGCCAUGCAGCAACUUCUCACCACGUCUGGUACAACGACAUCGCCCCCCGAGACGAGGACGAAUUGGAUAGGUGAGCCGCCCCAAGUCUACAUCUUGGACGCGUGCCGUGUCCUGCGUUCCGAGGCGUGGCUACAGGUCAGCCUCCACGCGGAGUGCGCCCAGCUAAUGCACCGGAGGUACCGGCAUCGGUGGCGGGGCCAGCAGCUGUUCCUUCGGCAGUUUCGCCUUGCUUCGCGGACAACGGAGCUCCUUUGGCAUCGCCUGCUGCCUCUGAUGCCCGAAGAGGACCGCCAGGACUUUCAAGGAUGCAAUAUGUCUUACGUCAGCAGGACGGCCAAGUUUUGUGAUCGCAACUUGGAGAACGCAAGGGAGGCGGCCCGGAUUGUGAACGACGAUGAGUACCCGGACAGCCCGAGUGGCGGAUGGCAGAUGGUUUGCAGACUGGUGAAGGAGUACAGGUUCUGCAUCAGCGAGCUGCUGGCCGGCUGCAACAGCAUCGGUGCAGAGGUCAACCGCGAAGCGAUGGUGAACGUGCGCUCCGAAGGACUCAAUUUCUGCUUCGCCGGCGGCGCUCGGUGUGCAGCCACUGCACCGUGGGCUGUCGCGCUCGCACCCGUGGCGCUCUGGAACCGCGCAGCGCAGCGGCCGUGAUUGCCACGAGGACUUGACGCGCCGGUCCCCAAAGUCCUCGCAAGGAAACUCGAGCGCAAUCGAGGGAGCGAUAAACGAUUCCCUUCUACGCUUUGCUGAAAGAAAGCAUACCAAAAAACAUGCAUGGCGAGAGCAGCGUUCCGAGUCCCGUGUUUUUAUUUGUC